GCAAAUGGAGGUUGUUUCACCAACAUGCCAAGCCAGCUGGAGGGCGCGAUGGACGCACUGAUCUCGGUUUUCUACAACUACUCCGGAAAUGAUGGAGACAAAUACAAACUCAACAAGGGCGAGUUGAAGCAGCUGUUGAACAGUGAGCUGACUGACUUCCUCACGUCCCAGAAGGACCCGCUGCUAGUGGAGAAAAUUAUGAAGGAUCUGGAUUCGAACAAAGACAACGAGGUGGACUUCAAUGAGUUUGUUGUGUUGGUCGCUGCUCUGACGGUGGCCUGCAAUGACUUCUUCCAAGGGCAGCAGAAAGAAAAGAACAAGUAAUCAUC